UCUUGGGUGCUGGGGAGGACAGGCUUGCAUUAGUGGGUGGGGACUGAUGGUCAUUGUGAGCUUUCUGGACACAGAGAGACCUACAGGAUGGAUUUUCUCCGGCUUCGUCUCCCUGGGCUGCAUCAGGCCUUGCGGGGAGCGCUGGAUUCCUUCAGCGCUUUUGUGUCCUACCUCAUAGGAGAUACAGUCCCCACGGUAGAGAGGGAGCCGCAGGCAGCUGAAGAGCCUGGGGAAGUGGCCGCAGAGAAGCCAGAGAAGGUUAUAGAGGAGGAAGCCCAGGAGGCACUGGAGGGAUUUAGGAGUGACCAGGGAGAGAGGGUAGGAGCUCCUGGAGAGCUCAUAAGAUGCCAAGAAGGAAGUUUAGCUGGUGAACAGACCUGGGGGUGGAGAGCAGACAGCUCCCCAAGGCUCCAAGCAGAAAGGCAGGACACUGGGUCCAGGAAGGCAGCUGAGGGUGCCAGGGGCCAGGAGCCAAAUGCUCCGCUGAGGCCUGAGGCAGGGCCUGGGACUCACAGAGACGGGAGCAGUACCAGAGCCCAGGAGAUCUGGGAGCACGGUGAGCAGGAAGUGAGCAGUGGGGAGCCGCUGAGAACCUGUGAACAGAAGGAAGAAAAGGAGGUGGUGGUCAGAGCCGCAGAGUCAGGGUUGGCCAGGGGAGUGGAGUCACAGCCAGCCUGGCCCAGGGAGCCCGAGGAGAAUGCUGGUACCGAUGGGCAGGAGGUUACGGAGGACAGCAAAGAGACAGACUGGGUGGUCAAGGAUGCAGAACCCGAGGGGUUUGGGGCCAGAGGGGCUGACAAGGAGGAAGAGAGGAUGGUCCUGAUGACGGAGGCAAAGGCACAGGGGACACAAAACCCAGAGGCAGAAUCUGAGCACUGGGCCAUGUUGGGUAGAGAGGCCUGGGCAGCCUCAGGCAGGGAGGAGGUUGAUAACCUGGGCAUUCAGGAAGCAGAAUAUGGGCCAGACCCAGAAGACAGCAUCCCAGAAGCUACUGGGAAAGUCUGGGUCCUAGAAGAGGCUUGCAAGGGAGGCCAGCAGGAUGAGAUGGAUGAGAAGAGAGAGGCUGAAGCUAGCCAUCAGACCCAGCCCCUGGAGAGGGAGAGAACCAGAGAGAUGACUGAAGGCCAGACAGCAGGGAAGCAGGCGGAGGGAGACCAGGAGACACGGGGCAGCUCUGAGGACGAGGAAAGGCAAGACCCAGCCACCGGAGAGAAGGGGGUGAGUCUGGAGGAGGAGGUGCAGGCAGAAGAGUCCCCCAGGGAGGAAAGGAGCCCUGGGGCCACAGAAGCUGUGCUAGCCCUGGACAAGGAGGCUCAAGGGGAGCCUGACUUGGAAGAAUCUCCAGAAGCCAGGCCUGAGGAAUCGUAUGUGGGAGAGAAAAGAGAGGCAGCUCAGGUGAGACAAGAGGUGUUGAGAGCAGAGGUCACUGGAGGACAGGACCCUGAGCUGAGGAGAGCUUCCCAGACCUUGACUGAACAACUUGAGGAAGGACAGAAGGGUCAGGAGGAGACCAGGAGAGCUCCAGACCUGAGCCCAGCGGGGAUGCUACAUUUGGAGGACUGUCACAGCAGGCCUAUGGGGUUUGCAGGUCCUGAGCUAGAAGCCCAGGGAAACUGGAGAAGGGAUGCGGACAGCACAAACACCCAGGAGGUAGAAGCAGAUGCUGAAGAAGCAGGUGAGGAAGAGAUUGCAACAGGGCAGGCAGAGGAGGUCCAGGCUGAAGGAGGCCAGGAGUCUCAACAGCCCGAGGUCCCAGGGUGGGGAGCAGAGGCAGGACUGGCCUCCAUAGCAAUGAGCCAGGAGCUGGAGGGAAGCCAGGAAGCAGAGGCAGGCCAGUCAGUGGGGGAGUCCAGGCCCACAGAAAUCAAGGCUGGUGCGGGGGAGGCUGCGGCGCCUUGGGAGACAAACGGAACGUGCAGCACGAGGAGGCUGGAGGAGGUGGCUCUGAGCCUACAGGACAAUGAAGACACACAGACCAGUUCUUCAGCUGCUGAGAUUAUCUUGGGUAGCAGGAUUGUGGGGGCCGAGGAAGGGCCCGAAUGGGAGGCUGGGAUGGCUCCAGAGAGGGAGUUUGGGAAAGCCUGGCAUCCCAAGGGCAGAGGGGAGACGGGGGGAGUCACCGAGCUGGAAGAGGCUCCAGAGAAGCAAAGUGGGCAGGAAGCUUGCUCAGAAGGCGCAGCAGAGGAGAAGGCGACUGGCUAUGAUGUCCAAGAAAUCGGUGGGACGGGAGAGGGAGAGCAGGCAGAAACGGGGACAUCUGUGAUGGCAGAAGGGACGAGGGGAAUGGAUGGCGUGACUUUAGGCUCCCAGGCAGAGAGAGCUGAGAGGUCCAUAGCCCUCGUGGAGACUGGGGGGCUCCUAGGAGAGCAGAUGCCGUUGGAAGACGAGGCUAGGGGAGGGCUGUCAAGAGAGCGGAGGGCCCACAACUCUGAGGGAGAGACACAAAAGCUACGUGAUGUGGAGGAGGCCGUGAGAGAAGCACAGAGGACAGAGAUCCAGGAGAAUGAUCCAGAAGGUCUGGAGGACGCCUCAGGCCAGCAGACACACCAGAUUCCCACGUUAGCUGUGCCUGGCUCCUCUGAAUCAGCGGGGGCCACAGCCAGUGCCCCAGGAGAUGCUCAGAGCCACUGGAAUGAGGCCCUGCUCCCCGGGUCCCUCCUGGAUGUCUCUGUCCCUCGAAGUCGUGUGCUUCUCUCACGAAAUUCCUCACGGCGGCGCUCGAGGCCCUCUUUGCGUCGAAUCUCUGCUCCUGAGCCGCAGUAUGACCCUCCCAGCCCCCAACCCCAGGAGGAGCUGCUGUUCCCUGAGCCGGCACCUCUUCAACCCGAGGAGACUUCAGAGCCAAGUGCCCCAAGGCCUGAAGGGACUCCAAUGCCAGCCAGGAAAAAAGUGCUGGGACAUGGGUUUGGAUUCGCUCAUCCUGGCAUGAUGCAGGAGCUGCAAGCCCGCCUGAGCCGGCCGAAGCCACAGUGACAGAGCCUAGAGCCCUCGUGAGACAGGCCUCCUACGGGAGGGUCAGGACGCUCUGCUGGACUCUUGUUACCCUUGACUCCCUCUGCUCCUGGAACACAUCGUUUUCACCCUCUGGGCCUCAGCGACACCAGAUGUUUAUGAAGACCUUGACUCUAAGGAGUUGGAUUCCCCAGUGUAAGCUAUCAUAGGUCCCUGCCCUGGUCACCUUUCCCAUCUCUCUGGGCUGCUCAGGAGACUACAAGGAAGACGGGGUUGGAAAGACUCUACUCCCCUAAAUCUUCCCUGUAUGAUCGCCGCGCCCUCCCCGCCAAUUACCCAUCAUGCUAGAGCCCCACAGAGAGCUAUGUAAGAUAACAGACCUCUGGGGUGGAAGCCCCCGCUCUCCCCCAAAAGAAAGAGCGCUGCCUUUCUUUGUCAAUGACCAUGGGCAGCAGACCAGUUGCUUUGAGUUUCUAAAAUGAUAGCUCAAUAUCACAACUGCAGGUUGCUAUGGUAACCUCCAGGCCAGAGUUGGGGAACGUUGCAGGAACUCCAAGAACAUAGGAGUAGAGAGAGGUUCUGGCUAGGCAGAAGCUUCGGACUGUUCCCAAGCUCUCCUGCUCAGUGGGUGCCAGACACUCCUGUGAAGACGUGGAGACACAGAGUGGGCCAGAGGGCUUUAUUAGUCACCCAGCAUGGUGGCCUAACUCAAGAAUGAAACAAUAAAUAAACCAUCAUUUUCUAAAAAUAAAUAAAUAUCCAAGAAAUAAA